AUGGCCAGCAGUAUCAAGUUCCUGACGUACAACGUCUGGUCCUGCGAGCACGUCGCGGUCUACCGGCGGAUACGGGCGAUCUGCGGCAUCAUCGAGCGCCAUGACCCGGACGUCAUCUUCUUGCAGGAGGUCACCGACUACAUUUACAGCCUCCUCCAGGAGGCUCCGUGGUGGGGAAACUACGUCGAGUUCUCUUCCUACUCGACACCUUGCUGCCUUGUGUUGAGCAAGUUGUACGCCAAAAAGGUGGUUCUUCUUCUUCCCGAAUACUGGGGCUCCUCGGCCUUGGGUCUUCGUGCACGUGAGAUACCUUCUGAGCUGACGUCGGCCAGGGUAUACAGGCCCAUUCCGAGGACGCCCGGUGUAGCCUUUACGGCCCGCCUGCGCGCGGCGACGUGCAACCUCGCGGGCCCAACACCGUCGGACAUCGGCGCCGUGCACCGGCGCGCCACGGCCCGCGCCUUUCUGGUGCACUUCGACGCCGUCCCCCGCAUGUUCGAGCUCGAUGAGAACGUCGUGCUGGGCGGUGACUUGGGAUGGGACGACGACCUGGACGGCCCGCUCCGGCUGGGCGACAACGGGUGGGUGGACGCCUGGCGCGAGCUGCGCGGCGGCGACGGCGACGAGGGCGGCGGGUGGACGUACGACGCGGUGGCGAACCCGAUGCUCAGGGGGCUGAACCUGCCGGUCGAGCGCCGGAGGCCCCGGACAGGUUCAUCUGCAGGCCGAGGGACUUCACGCUAG